AUGUCGCGCAAGGCCCCCGCGCAGCCAAAGUCCACCCGCCAACAGUACAGCGGUGCGCGCGCCCCCCUCUCCCCCGUGCGCGCACCCAGCUCACUCGCUCCUCUCCCAGCUUGCGGCGCGUGUCGCAUGCGAAGGGUCAAAUGCGACCUCAAGGACCUCCCGACGCUCGCCUCGGGACAGCACCCGCCGUGCUCCAACUGUAGCGAGCGCGGCCUUAACUGCGUCGACGAGUUUGCCGAGGUCAAGGCCGUCAAGCUCCUCAGACGUGGGCGCCGCCUCCAGAAAGUAGAGGCCGUGUACGGCAAGGCGUCCAAGGAGGACGCGGACCUGCACACCCUGAAGCCCGAGUUCUUCAGGUCGUCUUUCUUCCGCCGGUUCCACAUACAGCGACCCAUACUGGAGCCAACGGAGUACUGCCCGCGGUUCACGGAGUGGUUCAACGGCACGUCGGACUGCCUCUUGUUUCCCGGCCAACUCAUCGCGCUCGUGCUCGUCGUCUGGGCCGCGAGCUACGGCCUCGACGAGGGAGGCGAAGAGGUGCCCGAGUUCCGGGGCGAAGAUUUCCAACAACGCAAGGAGCGCGUGAACGACAUGCUCGUCGAGCUCCUAUACCUCGUUGACAUACACGGACUCCUCCGGAAACCCUGUUGGGACGGAGUCAGAGCCCUGCUGCUCAUCUUGCCUUUGACGGAAGACGUUCAGACCCCCAUGGAGAGACUGGUGAUGAGCGACGCCACGAUGAGCCAGGUAUAUGCGCUCUGCAGCGUGCCCUCGCCAGAAAGCGUUCAAGGCGAUUACGUCGACGCCCUCGUUCGUGCGAGGGUUUUCUGGUACGCACACGUCACCGACGGCAUAACCAGCGGGCUACGAGGUGGCCGGGUCAUUCUAACCGACGACGAUCUGUCAUCGUUUGAGGCGACCCUCCCCCCUGUCGGCGCUGACGGUGGCCCGUCGACCGCGUACUCCUUUGCUUACCGGUUCGCCACUAUCCCCAUUCGCAUCGCUUCCGUGUGUCGUGACAUCCACGCCUGCCUCACCGGUCCGAAGGCGCGUCAACGCGAAGACUUGGACGAGGAAGGUCUGCUCGAGUCGUGGGACGUUCUCGAAAAAUGCUGGCGAGACCUCGAGGGCCUCCGGCAGUUCUCGUCGUUCGGAAUCAAUCAACCCGAGGACAUUGAGAGGUUUAUCGAUGGCUGGCAGAUAUUCCUCUUUGAGUCACAUAAUGUCAUCCGUGAGGCUCUCAAGUCGAGGCUAGUUGCGCUUCCGGCCCAGGAGAUGUCGUAUCUGCCUGAUGGACAACCAUCCCCGAGGUCUCGGAAAUCGGAGGUCGUCUAUCGACUCCACACGAAGGCCAACUCGAAGUGCCACUAUGCUGUCCGGCAUGUCGUCAACAUCCUUCGCAAGAACAUCGGGAGCGCAUUCUUUCAGUAUGACGCAGCUCUAGUCCGGGACGGGUGUUUUUUCGCGGGCUUCUUGUUAGCCGGAGAAAGCGGUUCAAGGGAAGACGUCGAGGUCUGCAUAACUGCCUUAUCCGAGAUGCGCUGGGCCUUUUCCAAGACAGAAGAGCGCCAGCGGACCCUGCGCCUCGUCUGGGAGUCUCGCGCCGCCCAGGCUCGCAGUCAAUCCUCGCGGAGUUUCACCUCUAGUCCAUCCGACGACACCGUACGCGGUCCUGGCGUCUUCGAGGGCGGCUACGUGCGCCGUGGCCUUGUGCGCCCGACGAGCGUCCCGCCCCUGUCAUUGUCCUCCACCACCACGAUGGGGUCCGGCUUCGACGGCACUUCGGACUCGAGAUGGCCGUCGACGACCUCUGGCUCAGGCUCAGAGUCGGAGCAGUACCAACCCUCGUCCCGCUCCCCGUCCCUUCCGAGCACAUCAUCCUCAUAUGCCACCUCAUCGCACAGCGCUCUCAGCCUCAGCAGCGUCCUCCACAGCGGCGACGGCAGCGCCGGGGCAUCUCCCAUGCUCAUCACAUCUUCGCGCGGACCAUCAAGCCACCAGACGGUCUCCGGCCAAAGCGGGUAUUUCGUACCACCAUUUAAUUACAUGUCCAUCGGCGGUGAACCCGGGAUGGACACACGCGCAGCCGCGGCGCAGUCGACCACUCUGGAAGGCCUGUCGCCCGUGGAUCAGACUUCGGGGGCGUUCAACCAUCCCACGCCAACAGGCCCCUUUGCGUACGGCACGGUCUCGUACUCGUCGUCGAACAUCCCCCAGCCGGAGAGUGGCUCCAGUUAUCUUCCCCCGCCGGCUGCAGCCCAGGGCGGCAGUCCCUCGUUUGGGAAUGCUGCGAGCUAUUACUAG